AUGGUAGAGGUUCAUCAUCAUCAUCAUCAAAUCAUCACGCGUGAGGCUGAGAGAGAAGUCGAGAAGCCGACAACAUUCCUCGGGAGCAUCGGCUUAACCGUCUCUCCUGCAAAGACGGAGGCCCUACUGAUACACCCGAGGGCUGCCUUCCGCCUCAGCGUCCACCAGUUGAGGAUCGGCACCGACCCCCUUCCAUGGAAGCAGACAGUGACGUACCUUGGCCUCACCAUAGACCACCGGCUGACGUGGAUCCCGGCUACUAAAGCCCUCAGCACCAGGGUGCGCCGUGUUCAUGCAGCCGUGGGCCGACUCCUUCAACGAGGCCGAGGAUGCUCCACGAAGUGGGCCCUGCGCCUGAACAAGGCUGCAGCAACAUCGUCCUUGUUGUAUGCCCUGCCGCUGGUUUCCCUGACGCAUGCCAGGAAAGCACAACUAGAGGUUCUGCACAGGAUGGCCAUCAGAAAUGUCCUGGGGCUUCCAAGGCACUCCAAGAUCGCCGCAACACUGGCUGAGGCCGGCGAAUGGCCACUGUCACUGCUCAUGUUGCAACCGGGACUGGGGCAUAUUGACAGGCUGCAUCGCGCACCAGACGGCCAGGCUCUCCUAGACCGGCUCCGGAGUCUGCCGGCUUCACGUAUGGGCAACCUGUGUCGCCUCUAUGAGGAGACAGUUCCCCAACUACCUGUGGCAGUGGCUCUUCUUCCUCCCCAUCACGGACCUCCGGAUGUGCACCUCUCCCUCAGGGGGUUAGCCAAGCGGAGAGCACCAGCCGCAGCCCUGCAGCAGGCCGCAGCCUGCAAGCUUCAGGAGGAGUUGGAAGGACACCUGCUGGUGUUCACGGAUGGUUCAGUCCUCCCCAGCGGGUCGGAUGCAGUGGCAUGCACAGUUCCAACUCUCGCCUGUCACAGGCAGUGUAGGCUCCCGUUUGCAGCAAGCUCUACUGCAGCUGAGCUCGCGGGGCUGCACCUGGCUGCCGACCUCCUUGCUGAGCACCUUCCCCAGCAGCCGGUGGCGGUGGUGUGCAACUCCAAGCCAGCGCUCCAGGCCCUCGUCAACCCUCGGCGGGCAGGACUGCUUGCCAAGUUAACGGCUCUAGCCACCGCCGGAAUACCAAUAUCCUUCCACUGGCUGCCCUCACAUGUCGGGGUAGCCGGUAAUGAGGAGGCGGAUACCUACGCCAAAGCUGCCCAUCAUGAUGUAGUCCCGGUUACCAGAGCGGUAGCGGCUUCGGACUACACGAGACACCGGCUACGGUGCCUGCUCACCUCCAUUCACCCGGACCCCCUAGUGGCUAGUGGUAGGGCCCCCAAGCCACUUCCAGAGAACGGCCUCUCCAGAAGAGACCGUUCCACACUCCUGCGCAUGCGGACUGGCUGCACCUGGACUGCGGCCCGGCUGUACGCCAGGGGCCGUGCCACGUCGCCUGCCUGCAAGAGGUGCGGGGACCCCGAGACUCUGGAGCACCUUCUCUCUGCAGUCAGUGAAUUUGUUUUGCAGAAUCGUCAGCAGCUGGGGGAGGAGAUGAGGGCCUCGCACGUGGCACAGCAGGAGCUGGAAGAAGAGCCGCAGGACUUGUGGGAAGCAACUGCACUCAUCCUAGACACCAGCUGCAGGCUGCCAUUGCGUAUGGCCUUCGCCAGCUGCCUCAGCCUCCGGUUGAUAGGAGAGGUCACGGUACCGCAUAAGGAAGUGGAAGCGGCCCUUCAGAAGCCCAAUGCACCGCUCCACUACGGACUGCACAACAGCGUGUGCAGUGUUGUACCUGCCUUCCGCAAUGCGCGUAGGAGGAUGGAAUGGGACCGGAGUCAGGAGCCAUGGUUCCAGGGGUAG